AUGAUUUACUCACUUAUUCUGCUAACUGUACUUUUUUCUGUGGUAUUAGCGGAGUUCGUCAAACCAGACGAAAGUCCUCCCGCAUACGCUCCAAUUCGACCGCAUCGUUUACGUCCACAUCAUAAACGUGAAGUCGCUCAAAGUUGCGGCAGUGAAGUAUGUCCGGAUGACACGAUCCUUAUCUAUUAUCGCUGUAAUCGAUCGGAUCCCAAAAAGUGUCAUUGGCAUCUACGGAUGUGGGCAAUCGUUAUUUUCGGUGUGGUGCUCGUCAAAGCUGCCUUCGCAUGCUUCGUCUCAUUCUUUCGUUGCGUAUGCUUUUGA